AUGGCGUCUCCUUCAAGAGAUCCCUUCGCUAUUCCUAGGUCCGCCUCACCGUCUAGGCAGUACGGUACCUCGCUUCCUCGAGCAGACGCUACUGCCCGGCUGGCCUCGCCUGUGCCUUCGCAUCAGUAUGGCACUCCGCAGACAAAUAGGAUUCCAAGCCAGGGAACAAGCAGAGCUGGCGAUAACGGUGAUACGGGGAGCCUCACCCCUUUAGCUGGAGCUGCCGGUUCGAGUGUCCAAGGCCCUGGUGUAUCGGCCCUCGCCGCAGCGCUGUCUAAUUCUAUAGGCACUUCUCCCCCAAGGCAUGGCACACCACCGGUGCGCACUGCUACUCCCCCACCGAGGCCCCUUUCUCCUGCUGCUGCCGGCACCCAGCUUUCGAGCACUCCCAUGACGAACUACGGCUCUUUUGACUCCCGUUCACGAAACGCCGGUACCGGCGCCUAUGAAGAUCCUGAGAUUGUCAAGAGGCAUCUUGUACAGCCCUCUGACGCCCCAUCGGAGGAAUCAAGCAUGCGAGACGGUGUCAAGGGCAAGCAGACAGCCGAUAAGGAGAACGAAACUGGACUGAACGAGGACGAGUUCUCGAGUUUGCAGUUACAGGGUGGAGAUGUAACGCGAGGUAUUUACAAAUGGACCGAGGAGGCAGAGGCCCGAAGCAAAGUGCAGCGCAGCAAGAGCUUCAGCGUUUCACGGCCUGACCCCGAGACCGACAUCCUCGAUAUCAACGCUAUCAAGGUUCCGGGUGGCUUCCGCCGUAACUACCUGCGCAGAGCUGCCAGAAGUCCCUCAACCAUCAGGGAUGGUGGUGAGAGGGGCGAGUCCAGCAAUGGCGGUGCCCAGCCACGCCUGCUUACUUCAAGCUUCCUCGAGUUCCUUACUAUCUACGGCCACUUUGCUGGCGAGGAAUUGGAGGAAGAUGAUGAGGCGCUCAAGCCUGGUGAAUAUUUCGCCUCAGGCGGGGAAGACGACCUGUAUGACAGCGAUGAGGGCAGCGAAGACGACCGGGAACCGAUGGAAGACAGCGCACUCUUGACGCCGUCGCGUCACAAGAGGCGGCGGAAGCAGCGUGGAGGAAGCGGUAAGAACAGCCCGAUGAGUGCUGCUCUCCUCCUCCUCAAGUCUUUUGUUGGAACUGGAGUUCUUUUCCUGCCAAGGGCUUAUCUGAACGGUGGCAUGACAUUCAGUAACCUCGUUCUCUUGGGUGUGGCUGCUCUGAGCUACUAUUGCUUCGUUCUUUUGGUUACAACUCGUCUGAAGGUUGAAGGUUCCUUUGGUGACCUUGGUGGCAUUCUGUACGGCAAGUGGAUGAGAGGAGUAAUCCUUUCGUCCAUUGUUCUAAGUCAAAUCGGUUUUGUUGCCGCAUACAUGGUUUUUACGUCAGAAAACCUACAAGCCGUCAUCUUGGCUGUCUCCGACUGCAAGACCAAUGUCGGUGUCAAAUGGUUGAUUCUGUUGCAGGUACUCGUUUUCUUGCCUUUCUCACUGCUGCGAGACAUCGAGAAGUUGAGUUUUACUGCCUUGAUUGCCGAUGCCUUCAUUCUUCUCGGUCUCGCCUACUUGUUAUACUACGAUAUCUUUACACUGAGCACGAAAGGCUUGGCUGAUAUCAUAAUGUUCAACCGCAAUGACUGGACCUUGUUUAUCGGAACAGCUAUUUUCACCUUCGAAGGAAUCGGUCUCAUUAUUCCUAUUCAGGAAUCGAUGAAGAAUCCCAGCAAGUUCCCUCGCGUCAUGUUUGCGGUCAUGAUCAUUAUUUCCGUCCUCUUCAUUGGAAUGGGUGCGAUUUCCUAUGCCGCCUACGGAUCCAAGACAGAGACCGUGGUUCUCCUUAACUUGCCCCAGGACAGCAAAUUGGUCAACGGCGUCCAGUUUCUUUACUCCGUCGCUAUCAUGCUGUCUAUCCCUCUGCAACUAUUCCCCGCCAUCAAGAUUACUGAAAACGCUCUGUUCACGAAGAGUGGCAAAUAUAACCCGUACAUCAAGUGGCAAAAGAAUAUGUAUCGCUUCUUUUUCGUCUUCCUGUGCGCUUUCAUCGCAUGGGGCGGUGCGGAUGAUCUGGACAAGUUCGUUGCCCUUGUCGGCAACUUUGCUUGCAUCCCGCUUGUCUACAUUUAUCCACCUCUGUUGCAUUACAAAGCUGUUGCGAGAAAUAGGUGGUGGAAGAUGUCCGAUAUCGCUCUUUGCAUCUUCGGAUUUGUCGCCAUGGCAUACACAACUGCUAUCACGGUCUACAGCUGGGCCAACGGCUCUUCCGACCCUGGCCUUCCGGGGUAUUGCGAUAACAAGGGUCACUAA